GCACAAAUAUUAUCUCUAGAUAAAAAUCUGCAAUUAAAUAAAAAGAAAUCUUUGAUAACAAGAAUCUUAAUCUAAGAAAAGUCACGACGCUAAGAACUGCAUGCUCAAAUGUAUUUCCGUGAGAAAAAAUGGUGCAUGUUGGAAAUCUCAUCGCCAUCGUGGAAGAAUAUGACUUUGACAAGGACACGAUGGAAACUGAUUCUCUGGAGAUUGAGGCCUCCCAGUUAUCAUCAUGUCCCAAAAAAUUGGAUAUGAGCAAUGCGGGCCUUUGCAGAAUUCCAGAUGGUGCUGUGGCUUUUCCUGAUAUUGAGGAGCUCAUAUUAGGACAAAACCAACUGUCCAAUAACAAUAGUAAUUUAUCUUUGCUUCAAAGAUUUCCAAAACUUAGAGCGAUUUUCCUGGAAAGAAAUAAACUUCAGAAAAUUCCAUGGGAGUUACUGGAGCUUAAUAAUCUAAGCAUUCUCAAUCUUUCGGACAAUCAGAUUGAAGAAAUCCCACCAGAAAUUUGUGAACUUGUCAACUUGAAGGAAUUGAUUCUUGACCGCAAUGGGAUCAAAGAACUGCCGGAGGAAGUGGGAGAACUGCGACACCUGAAAAGUAUAUCGCUAGCAGGAAAUUCGAUCGAACACCUUCCGUCUUUUUUUAAAAUGCGAGCACUGGCGAUUACGGAUGUUCUCUCAAAAGGGGAUCAUGGCAAAUCAUACAAAGAUGAAAAAACUAAUCAAAAUAAUCUACAAAAAGUCAACUUACGUAACAACCACUUGAAAGGGAGCAUAAUACUUGGAAAUUAUGGGAACCUAACACAUUUAGAUGUCAGUGAAAACAGCAUUGAAAAACUCGACAUCAGUGCCUUGCAGGAAUUACGAAGUGUCCGAUGUGCUCGAAAUUCCCUGACAGAAUUGACAGUUUGUGGACGAAAUUUGGUGUCGCUUCUAGCUGGAAAUAAUAGACUGAAGAAGUUGACAAUCGAACCAGUUCCUGCAAAUCUUGAACAUUUGGAUAUUUCCUACAAUUCACUUGAUUCUCUGCCGGAGUGGACACCAGAAUUGCCAGUAUUACGAGCUUUGUUUGCUUCCCAUAAUGCUUUGACAGCUCUCCCAGAUAGAUUGCUGUCUCAACCAUCAAGAUUGGAAGUACUUCAUCUACCUCACAAUAGGUUACAAGCUCUUCCACCACCGAGAAGACCUCUGAAUAUUGUCCAUCUCACUCUUCAGGGCAAUGCUCUAACAGCUUUACCAACAACUUUCUUUGUAAAUACGGAAAAAUUGAAGGUUUUAAAUCUUUCAAAUAAUCGACUAUCAGAGUUAUCGUUCUCCGAUGAAGGAUACAAAAAUCGUCAGAUUUGUCCUACAUUGGAAAAGCUUUAUCUGACCGGAAAUUGUUUAACUGACUCUGCCUUAGACGCACUUUCAAAAUUGACAUCUUUAAGAGUUUUACAUAUAGCUUACAAUGUUUUGGAUACCCUGCCAGAAAGUUGCAUCGCUUCGUGGACGGAACUUGAGGAAUUAGUUUUAUCAGGAAACCGUUUGCAAUACCUUCCAGAUAAUGUCGCAAACUUGCAGCAUUUACGAGUUCUCAGAGUGCAUUCCAAUCGACUUUUGACCUGCCCCACGUUCAACACGACUGCGUCUUUAAAGGUGUUAGAUUUGGCCCAUAAUCAACUAGACAGGGUGAAUCUGGCAACCUUAGUUCCACCCCAAUUGCAAUUUCUCGACAUUUCUUGCAACACCCGCCUCCAUGUGGAUCCACGUCAAUUCCAGGUUUACAGAUCCCAGAGGCCAGUUUCUCUUGUUGAUGUUUCCGGUCAAAACAGGCCAUCUUUGCCAUCACAUCCUCAACAACAGGAAUCUGUUGCAGUGGAAAAAGGACUGGAACCACCUUGGAGAUUAGGAUUUUCCGAAACAGUUGGCACAAGAGAAAAACUCUACGUUUCGCAAGUAAGGAUCCCAUCCUUCUGCAACGUGGAAGGUCUCUUCGGAAUAUUUGAUGGUGGAUCAAACCAGGAAGCUCCAAGUGCUCUUCAAGAAAUGAUACCUCGUCUCCUCCUGGAAGAAAGGACCAUCAGAGAGACUUGGAACGAGUACUUGAAAUACACCUUGCUCUCAGCCCACAGAGAGCUAAAAGAAAAAGGUCAAAAGUACGGGAUAGAUGCAACCUUGUGUCACAUAACGAGGUUGCCCAACGCCCAAGGCUAUCCGAGAACAACAAGAAAAUAUUCUCUCAAGGUAGCAUCAUCAGGAGAUGCGAAAGCUGUUCUUUGUCGAGCAGCUGGUCCCCUGACUUUAGCUACAGCUAAGAAAACUCCAGUGAAGAAUCAACUAGGCAAUGCAGCCAUGUUCCCUCUCGUUGUUCCUGAUCCAACAGUUGAAGAGGUUUUACUCGAGGAUGAUGAUGAGUUCGUCAUCAUUGCUAAUAGAAGAUUCUGGGAAGUUCUUAGUGUUCAAGAAGCAGUUAGAGAAGCUAGAGCUGAAGCGAGUCCAGUUUUGGCUGCAAAGAGGUUGCAAGAUUUGGCUCAAGCUUAUGGAGCUGAAGAUAAUGUUAGCAUCAUUGUUGUCAGAUUGACUGGUCCAGGACAGGGGGAUUUGGAUCAGUUGAUGAGGGAACUGAGGCAAGCUGUUAGCAAAAAUCGAAACCAAAAUGAGGGUUGUUCUUGUCCGUGUUGUCUUCCACCAACACCUCAUAAGCCUCCAGCUCCUUGUUGCUGUCAUGUGAACAAUGAGGGUUAUUAUCUCCAUGGGGUCGUGAAGAACAUCGUUAAUCGGCCAACAAAAUCCCACAACGGAUCCGGUCGUUUCUUCAAAAACUCGAGAGCACCAGAACGACCGGAAAACGAGAGUCCUCCUUUCGGGGAUGAUAGAAGUUCUCCAAGUGGGCAAUCAGACCAAACCAGCGACAGUACUUUUAAGUCUCGAAGACCUUCUGGACGCACCUGGACAGGAAGUACGGCCUCCAGAGUUGCAAACAAGGUUCGCCAAAGUGCAGUUCAGCAAGAAGCCGUCAGCAGAAAGUCACCAGUCUGCAUUCCAGCGCAAGAAGAUGUCGCUUCGGAAAGGUCAGGAGCCCUCAGUGAUGAGCAGUUCCGUUGCUGGGAGUACAUGCUCGAGCAAAAUACGCAGCUUCUUUUUGACAAGGAACUGGACACCUUGACGAGGUCACCUUUGAAAAGAGGUCAGUCUAGGUCCACUCCACAACUAGCUGGUAAUUUGCCCUUUUUGUCGAAACGGUUCGGGAGUGCCAGAUCCUUCAAUCCUUCACUGCCUAGGUCAUCAAUGGUCAGGUUUGGAAGUGGAAGGAGACUUCUGAAUGGUGGUCCGAAUGCUGCUUAUUUCGGGAGUUUACAAAGACUGAUGCCCUAUAACCUAGAGUAUGAUUUUGCAGUGAUUCAGGAGAGAAGUGGAAUGGAUUCGUUGGAACAGGAUGCUUCGAGGAUGCAACAAUAUUGGGGGGUAGCCACAACUGAACUCUGAUAAAGGUUGCAUUUACUUUGGAUGCUUCUUCAUAGUUGUUAAUAUUUUUGGGUAAUUGUCAAAUUCAAGGCAAACUUCACUACUUAUAUUUUUUUCAAACUUUUUCGUUGAUUGGCUGCUAAAAUAGCAUAUCUACCAGAUCUUAGACAAUUAAAUUAAAAAACAUUUUGAAACAGUUCAAAGUAUUCCUAAAAAUUUCAUGAGAGUUCAACAUAUACCAAAGGGGGUUUAAAGGAUUUUUAAUUAUUUCAGGGAGUUGAGAAGAUUUUUUGGGAUUUGAAAGCUUUU